CCCACCCCAAAAUCCAUAUGGGUAGCAGAAGCUUCCGUGGCAUUUUGCUUUUGUCAAACCAUUCCUUUGACUGGAGGCUCGUUUUGGAUCUCUCUUCUCAGCAGAUCACAUCAAAUCACAGCAAAACAACCCCUUAUAUAUAUAUAUAUAAUCUCUCUUUGCUUCCAAUCAAACCAAAUCACUCUAUACUCAAAUACCAAAACUCAAAAACUCAGGCUCGUUUGACAAUCAUUUCAUUUUUAGUCCGUUGAAUUUGUUGAAAUGUUAAGCCCUUUCAGCUGCGGAUUCUUCCACUCGGAAGACGUUCAAGAUGAACCCAUAAACGUUUCGAGUCCUUGCUCCACGCCGAGAAGAUCAAAGAGAAGCAGCAAGGACAGCAAGAACCCCUAUUCGAGUCGGGGUCUCGACAAGUUCUCUGCGCUCUUAGCCGAUCUCGAAGAGAAGCGGCAGAAGAUUUACGCGCAAACGCCUCCGCAAGACAUAUCCUUCGUCCGCUUCGUGUUCAAGGACUCGAAGGAGGACGCCCCUCCUAUCCCGAUCGUGAUCAAGUUGAAGGACAACAAGAAAGAAGACCACAAAGAGAAAACCAAAACUCAGCUGGUGAAAGAAAAGCAUGCAACGCGUAAUUCGGGAAGUUUGGAUAAGUUUACCGUUGAGCCCUCCACGCCCACAAAAGAAGUAGCAGCUCAGCAACCACCAAAGAAUGAUAAGAGGGUGCGUUCGUCAUUGAACUUAAAGGGAAUGAACUUGGGCAUGUGGAGAAGGCCCUCUUACUAUUUGCCGGUGGUUGUGGUGUUCAUUUUGGUGCUGCUGGCAGUGUUCGGGCGGUCGUUUGCAAUUCUGUGCACGUCUAUCGGCUGGUACGCAUUGCCGACGUUGAAAGAAAGCAAUUCCGAGACAAAAAGAGCAUCAAAGAAGAAAGACCAUGGUAGAAGAUUGAGUGACAAUAAUAAUAAUAAUACUAAUAAUAAUCAUGGAUCAUUGUCUUCUCCAAAGAGUAACAACACGGCGGCCGACAGUACGCCCCGAUCGCAACAACACGGUCACCGGAAAAGUUGGUGACCGCGGUGAUGCUAUUGACUUGUGAAUUUUCUCCGUAUAUUCCUUGGUUCUUUCUUUCAUAUUUCCUCUUUUUUUUUUUUUUUCUCGGUCAAGUUUUGGCUGCCCUGUACGUCCAGACAAGGUUCUGUUUUUGGUUACGUGUACCAACUUGGGUUGAAACCUAAAAAUUCAAGCCCUGUAUUUUGACUGUUUCUAAAUGUAAAUUAUGAUGAUUAGUACGAGAUUAGUCUGGAGAUGUCAUGUUGUAAGAUGUGAUUAAUGAAGUUUGUCUUGUAAUUCCACGAUAUAUGUGGUUAAGUACAUGUUUUGGUCUUGAGA